GUUGUGAGUUCGUGUCCCGUACUCCAGCACCAUCGCGGACUCUCCUCCCCUCACCCGCUCCGAGGAAGAAGAAGAAGAAGAGAGAAUCUGCAGAGAUUCUUCUCCGUUUCAUUCGCCAUCCCAACUUUCUAAACUACUUCAAACUGCUGCCCGCUUCUUCUUCUUUCUUGUCGGACUGAUUCGGUAGCAGAUAGAUCUGGAGCAUCGGCGGCAGCAUAGCGCGCCGGAGAUGGUGGCCGAGCCGCCGGAGGAGGACCUCCCGAGCUCCUCCACUAGCUCCGAGCAUCCCCCGGCGGAGAGGAAGGAAGACGGACGGAGCACCGGCGGGUUGGAUAACGGAGAGGUUUCCGGCGAGGGCGAGGGCGCUGGUGGUGGUGCCGUAGAUAACGGAUGCAGGAGCUCUCCUGGAAUAUCUGAAAGACAGAUCUCUAAAGUUAACACACUUCCAGUGGAUGUGUUUGAAACUGACAAGUCAGAAUCGACUUCAAGCCAGGAUAAGUUGGAAAGAUCCAAGACUGAAAGACAAAAACACCACAAUAUACUUGCUGAGGAAGCAGCAAGGAUUUUUGAUAAUAAUAUUCCAGUUCAGCAAAAGCUAAAAUUGUUAAAUAGAAUUGCAACUGUUAAAGAUGACGGAACUGUAGAAUUUGAAGUCCCAGUGGAUGCUGAACCCCAAGACCUGGGUGUUAAACCAAGGGAUUCAGAGAAUGAAGUUGUUGAUGAUGAGCCUGCUGAUGCAAUGGACCUUCAGUACAUUCCCCCACUACAGAUAGUCAUGCUUAUUGUUGGUACUCGAGGAGAUGUUCAGCCAUUUGUUGCCAUUGGCAAACGUUUACAGGAUUACGGCCAUCGGGUGAGACUAGCAACUCAUUCCAACUUUAAAGAGUUUGUCUUGACUGCUGGGUUGGAGUUUUACCCUUUGGGUGGAGACCCUAAAGUUCUUGCUGGUUAUAUGGUUAAGAACAAAGGCUUUUUGCCAUCGGGGCCUUCCGAGAUCCCUAUCCAACGCAACCAGAUUAAGGACAUUAUCUAUUCUCUAUUACCUGCUUGCAAGGAACCUGAUAUUGAUUCAGGUGUUCCCUUUAAAGCAGAUGCUAUCAUUGCCAACCCCCCAGCAUACGGUCAUACCCAUGUAGCAGAGGCACUGAAAGUACCACUUCAUAUAUUUUUUACAAUGCCAUGGACGCCAACCAGUGAAUUUCCGCAUCCUCUUUCCCGUGUCAAGCAACAAGCUGGAUACAGACUGUCAUAUCAAAUUGUGGACUCCUUGAUUUGGCUUGGAAUACGAGACAUGAUUAAUGACGUCCGAAAAAAGAAGCUAAAGCUCCGCCCCGUCACCUAUUUGAGUGGAUCACAAGGCUCCGAUUCUGAUGUGCCAUAUGGUUACAUAUGGAGUCCUCACCUCGUUCCCAAACCAAAAGAUUGGGGACCAAAAGUGGACGUGGUUGGAUUUUGCUUCCUUGAUCUUGCAUCAAAUUAUGAACCUCCUGAGGAACUUGUAAAAUGGCUUCAGGCUGGUGAGAAGCCUAUUUAUAUUGGGUUCGGUAGCUUGCCUGUUGAAGAACCGGAAAAGAUGACCCAGAUAAUAGUAGAAGCACUGGAGAAAACUGGACAGCGGGGUAUCAUUAACAAAGGAUGGGGUGGGCUCGGGAAUUUGGCAGAACCAAAGGAAUCCAUAUAUCUGCUGGAUAAUGUCCCGCAUGACUGGCUAUUUUUGCAAUGCAAGGCAGUGGUGCACCAUGGAGGAGCUGGAACAACUGCUGCGGGUCUACGAGCUGCUUGCCCGACUACAAUAGUGCCUUUCUUCGGCGAUCAACCCUUUUGGGGGGAGAGGGUGCAUGCUCGAGGAGUGGGUCCUCCUCCCAUACCAGUGGAGGAGUUCUCACUUCCGAAGUUGGUCGACGCGAUAAAUUUCAUGCUGGAUCCUCCGGUGAAAAAGCGCGCAGUUGAGCUGGCGAAAGCCAUGGAAAACGAGGAUGGGGUGACAGGAGCCGUGAGAGCAUUCUUCAAGCAUCUUCCUUGCAGGAAACCUGAACCCGAGCCAGAACAAGUCCCCUCGAGCUUCUUCUCCGUACGCAGAUGCUUUGGUUGCUCCUGAAACCUUCUCUGCCCCUCUUGAGUGUUGGAUGAAUUCAAUCAUCGUAUUUGUUCUUGCUCCAUUCUUUUACCUGUACAAUCUCUGAUCAUAGCAUGGCAAAAAGUCCGUCCACCCCCCGCCGCGUCAUGAUUUUCUCUAGUGGGGGUCUCAUCGGUUAUGUUGUAUAGGUUGCAAGUAUCUGCUUGCCGAAUGUAGCUUUGUAAUGUGUGUGUAUCUGCGUGAGUUAAAAUUCAUGCAAAAUGCGGGUUAAUUUAUGUGUUUAUUACUAUUUUCCUGUCCAACUCGAGGAAUGCCAAUGUUUGAAAGAGGCUUCCCUUCUAGUCCUCUUUCCUUGGGUGCUUCUCA